AGAAUGCCUAUGUUGGUAUCUCAGACACCGGAACGAGUAGAGCUGGCGAUGAUAGCCCGGCCUCAGUCACCCGGCUCCCUCAGAUUGGGUCAGAGCAAUUUGGACCUCAAUAAUGAUGAACGACGCAAUGGAACGGCGCUUGCUCCUGUAGAUUGUGGAACAUCUGCUUGGUCAUUUUUGGCUGGCGCGUUCUUGGUAGAAACGUUGGUUUGGGGGUUCCCUACGGCCUACGGUAUCUUCUUGGUGUCGUACACCGAAGGUCCACGUUUCAGGGACCAAAAGCACUCGUCGACACUGUUGCCCUUGAUCGGCACAUUAUCCUCAGGAAUCAUAUAUUGCUCAGGGACCGUUAUAUACCCAUGGAUAGCACGCUAUCCACAGCAGCGUCGCCCCGCCUUAUGGAUUGGCCUUUUGUUAUGUUGGGCGAGCUUGUUCGGGGCUAGCUACGCGACACAGGUUGUGGUAUUAGUCGCCUUGCAGGGCGUGUUGUAUGGCAUCGGAGGGACGUUGCUAUACGCGCCAUGCAUCUCGUUUCUGUCGGAGUGGUUUGUCAACAGACGAGGCCUCGCUAAUGGAAUCAUCUUUGCCGGAACUGCUCUGGGGGGUCUUGUUAUACCCCUAGUCUUACCCCCGCUUCUCAGGAAGUAUGGCGUUGCAACUUCGCUCCGCAUUCUUUCCAUCGCGAUGGUCGUGCUGUUGAUCCCUUUGCUUCCGUUUGUGAAGCCGCGUCUUCCGGAGAAUCGCGUCCGCGGCCCGGCAGCACGCUCGCUCGAUAGAUCGUGGCUGAAGACCGAUAUUUUCUGGCUAAUGCUGCUCGUGAACACCAUCCAGGCGUUCGCGUACUUUGUGCCUAUGACGUGGCUGCCGACAUUCGCCUCCGCUUUACAGUUGAGCGAUUCAAGCUCUGCGUUCUCUCUUGCAUUAUUGAAUGGUUCUUCGGUGGUGGGUCGUAUUGGCAUGGGCGCCCUUUCCGAUAGAGUGGAUUCAUGGCUACUGGCGCUCGCACUUCUGACACUCGCAUCCUUGACCGUGUUCGUACUAUGGGGCGUCCUUGCUCACUCGAUGGUGGGUCUCUUCGUCUUCAGCGUCGCGUAUGGAACCAUCGCCGGGGGCUGGACGAGCACAUGGUCCGGCUUCAUUAGACCGUUAUGCAAGGACGAUCCUACUUUGCACACAUCCAUCUUCGGGUUCCUGCUACUGACGAGAGGGCUGGGCAACAUCGUAUCGACCCCAAUAUCGACCUCAAUGUAUAACGACUCUCCUGGACACACGAUAACUCAUUUGAGGAUGGGAUACGAGGUUGGGGGCGGACGCUUCGAGCGAAUGAUCAUAUACGUCGGCACCUGCUUCACUUGCGCCGCCAUUGCAGCAUCACUCGGGUGGCUGUCGACGAAGUACCGUUGUACGGUGUAACGUCUAGUGUUUCAAGCAGACAGUGGAGUACCAAGCCAUGAUCGUAUUUCCAUCACGACUCUUCCCGUCUUGUAUCAAGGCAUACUUACACGUAGUGAUUAAUGCCCAGCCAACUUGCUCUUCCC